UUCGUGACACGGAGUCCGUGUACGCGUCUCAUAUCAUACUCCGAUCAGGAAGUGUAUUGUGCAUUUACUUUUAAAAAGGACGCAUCAAUAAAUAUGCAAACAAAAUCAGUCGCAUUUUUGCUACUAAGCUACUAUUUACUUACUACUACUUUAUUUUAUAAAGAACAUAAAUGUUAAUCAAAAACGUCUAACCGAAGUACUUUAAUUUCAAGAGCGGAGAUGGAGAUUCUCUGAAAAAAGUGUGUAUACCGUAUACAGAUGUAUGCAUAUACAUAUGGAUCAAAAUAAUUAGAUUGUAAAUGGCUGGUAUUUAAAUAAUGCACACGGUUUCAUAUUAACUACAAGAAAGGACAAGAAAGUGAAAGAUGUACCACCCUGUUCUAGUAAUAAUUAAUUGUUGAAAAGUUUUGCGAGAUGCUGUCAAUAUUAAGCAAAAAUUGGCAUAAUCUUCAAAGGUCAUCCAAAUUAACAAAAUACAAAUAAAACUACAUACUGGAAGCCAUUACUGGCAGUUCCAGUCUAUAAAAGGCCUCUUUGGAAUACGUUAGAAAAAAAAAACAAACAUAAAAUGGAAUGCCAUAAAUCAUCAAAUAAGCAUUUAACUUCCAAAAGAAAUCGUCCGACUUCCCUUUUUCAAAAUCAAAUCAUUAGCAUAAUGCUGUCUGCGGAUGCUAGAAGAUUUAUUCCAGCACGAGGCCACGACAGAACUGUUCUAAGAAUGAUAUUAGGAGUAGGUUGGCUUAUUUUAUUUAUGUUUAACUUCCAACUGACCCAUGCCGAUCAAGUUGUUCUUUUGGAUACGACUAGAGAAGCAACUUUGGAAUGGACAAGGUAUCCCUAUGGUCCUCAAGCCCAGACGCCAGGGUGGGUUGAAGAAUCAUUUACAGACUUCGUAAAGGGCAUUAACUGGCGAAGCUAUGUGGUUUGCGAUGUAGCCUAUCACAAUGUCAACAACUGGCUGUGGUCGCCCUUUAUUGAUCGUGGACCAGCAAACAGACUAUAUAUUGAAAUACAAUUCACCAUACGAGAUUGUUCAUUAUUUCCAGGAAAUGCUUUGUCAUGUAAGGAAACAUUCAGUUUACUUUUCUACGAGUUUGAUGCGGCCACCAGAGAGCCUCCGCCUUGGCAAACUGAUAGUUACCGACUAAUUGCCCGGAUUGCGGCCGGAGAAGGUCGUUUCAAUCAGAACUCUGAUGUCGACAUCAACACGGAGGUCAAGAGCAUAGCUGUAAAUAAGAAGGGAGUGUAUUUCGCGUUUCGCGACCAGGGCGCCUGCAUUAGUGUUCUCGCAGUGAAAGUUUACUAUAUCACCUGUCCCGCUGUCACCGAGAAUUUUGCGCAUUUCAAUGAAACCCCAACGGGCAGAGAAAUAACGAUAAUUGAAAAGCAGAACGGAACUUGUGUGAAAAAUGCUGAGCCCUAUGAGCCACCAACUUACCUGUGCAAAGGUGAUGGCAAAUGGACCAUACUUACGGGCGGUUGUCGCUGUAAAGUUGGCUUUGAACCGAAUAAUUUGAAUAAAACUUGUACAGAAUGUCCCCUUGGUACAUUCAAAUCUUCGGAAGUGCAAAAAUGUACUGCAUGUCCACCGAAUUCGAAGGCUUUAAAGGCAGGGUCAGCAUAUUGUGAAUGUAUCACAGGAUACUACAGACAUCCGCGCGAUGGCCGACACAUGCCUUGUUACAGUCCACCGGCAGCUCCAACCAAUCUUACAUUGCUUUUUGUGGAUCAAACAAGUGCCAUACUAGCCUGGAGUGCUAUCAACGCCAACAAGAACGAAUCUUACUUGGGAGAACCUACGAAGGCCCAAAAGUAUCGCAGUGAUAUAGUGUAUAAAAUACGAUGUAGUACGUGUGGCUCUAACGUUAUGUACAAUCCCGCAACGGAUACGUUUAACGAAACAAAAAUUACGAUAACUAAUCUAGAACCAGUCACAACCUAUACUGUCCAGAUUCAUGCCACAAACAGCGUGACACUUGUCACUGAGCCACUGCACUCCAAUGAAACGUCUGAUAUAUCGAAUGAUUAUGUAUUUAACAAUUUUUCGACGACGCAGAACAUUCCUCCAUUGGAUUUGAAUGAAAUUAAGACACAAUAUGCUGAAAUUGUAUUUACAACAGAAUCAGUAUUACUGUCGACAGUCUUUAAUUUGCGUGUCUUGUCCAUCACCAGCAAGGAUGCGGAUCUUGAGUGGGAUAAACCCACUCAAAUUGAUAAUCCACUUGAGUUCUACGAAGUUCGUUGGUUUCCGAAACUUGAACUUGAUUUGAUUAACAAAACGGCUUUGAACACUAAGGACACAAAGGCUCACAUUGAAGGACUUGUGGAAAAUACCGAAUAUGGCUUUCAAGUUCGUUGUAAAACGUUAAAUGGUUUCGGUUCUUAUAGUAAUAUGAUCUAUGCCCAAACUCUACAAGCCGUUAGUUCAGUUUAUGACGACUCAGUGCAAAUAAGAUUCAUUGCCGGUGCCAUUGUCUCUGGGGUACUAUUUCUGGUUAUAUUUAUUGUGGCUACUGUGUAUUUUAUGCGUUCAAAGCAUCAGGAUGAACUUGAUAAGAAGUCUACGAAUCAUUUGCCUUUGCCGAUGGAUUAUGCCAGCAAUGAAGUUAAUUCUAUGGAUACUACUCCAAUUGUCAAAACCCUUCACUUAAACGUGACAACGCCCCUCUUUGGUAAUAGCAGAUGCUACAUAGACCCGCACACAUACGAAGAUCCAAAUCAGGCAAUACGAGAAUUUGCCAGGGAAAUCGAUGCCAACUACAUAACUAUCGAAGCUAUUAUCGGUGGCGGAGAAUUUGGAGACGUUUGCCGAGGUCGCUUGAAGAUUCCACCUAAUUUUGUUCAAGACAUUGAUGUAGCCAUAAAGACCCUAAAACCAGGAUCUUCGGAAAAGGCCCGCUGUGACUUCUUAACGGAGGCCUCCAUUAUGGGCCAAUUCGAUCAUCCAAAUGUCAUUUACCUGCAAGGCGUGGUGACACGCUCCAAUCCCGUCAUGAUAAUCACCGAAUAUAUGGAGAAUGGUAGCCUGGACACUUUUUUGCGGGUCAAUGAUGGAAAAUUUCAAACAUUGCAACUGAUCGUAAUGCUGCGAGGCAUUGCAAGUGGGAUGGCCUAUCUGAGUGAUAUGAAUUAUGUGCACAGAGAUUUAGCAGCUCGAAAUGUACUUGUUAAUGCGCAAUUAAUAUGCAAAAUUGCUGAUUUUGGAUUGUCCCGAGAGAUUGAAAAUACAAGUGAUGCAUAUACAACAAGGGGGGGCAAAAUCCCUGUACGUUGGACGGCACCGGAAGCAAUUGCUUUUCGGAAGUUUACCUCUGCCUCAGAUGUCUGGUCAUAUGGCGUUGUUUUAUGGGAGGUGAUGUCUUACGGAGAACGUCCUUAUUGGAACUGGUCAAAUCAGGAUGUAAUAAAAAGCAUAGAGAAGGGCUAUCGCCUGCCAGCACCCAUGGAUUGUCCCGAAGCGCUUUAUCAAUUAAUGUUAGACUGCUGGCAAAAGCAGCGAACGCAUCGUCCAACCUUUGCAAGCAUCGUCUCAACGUUGGACAACUUGGCCAGGCAGCCGCAAUCGCUGCUAACCACAAGAAACUCUCCCGAAUCGGAUAAUACACACAUUUUGGAUGCGCAACAGCGCGGUCAGAAUGUCUUCAUCAGCACGGACCUGUGGCUGGAGCACAUAAAAAUGUCCAGAUAUUGCCAGCAUUUCAAAGAGGCUAACUUGAACAAUGCUCAACAGAUUUCCCGUUUAACUGCCCAACAGUUAUCGGAUAUGGGCAUAACCCUUGUGGGACAUCAGAAAAAGAUUUUACAUCAGGCUCGUCAGUUGGACACUAUUAUCUAAAACCGUUCUAUGUAUUUCAAGUAGUAUUUCUAAGCUGUAAAUAUUUUAUUAUAUUUAAUUUUACAUAAUUUACAAUAAACUUAAAUAGUAAUAUAUAUUAUGACAAAAGAAAUGUGAAAAAAAAGAAAAACAAAAUACAUUUACGUAAAAGUAAGAAUUUUAUAAAAGUUUAGUAUAUUUAGUAUAGAAAGAAUGUAUGGUUAUUACUUUUGCUUAAUUAAUUAAUCAAGUGAAUUAGUUUUUAUUUCUCUAUAAUUUUUAUAAUUAAAACCAAGCAAAGAAUUGUACAAGUAUCUUCGCCGCGACUGCAAAUAUUUUUAUUGUUGU